AUGUCGUGGGUCUCUUCUAGCCCGUCCUUUCACGUACCGCUCCCGAAGAGGUUUGUUGACUUUGUUGCAAUUCCUCAGACUCCCCUAUUAGCUUUGGCUACAGAUACUGCCAUUCUCAUAUGCCAUGCCCAGUCGUUGGUUCCUAUAUGUGUCCAUGACCGUACGCCAGAAUGCAUCGAGACCCACGGUAAAUGUGUUCAAUUGGAGGUCAGACAGGUCUCUGUGGAUACUUCAAGGCUCGACCAACUUCAUACAGCCAACAUAUUUGUCAAGACUGAGUCCAACUUCAUUAUGGUGUACCAUAUUUUGGCUAACUACUCAAGAUCUCUAUACGAGGUUCAUGACAAGAAUGAUGACGAUAAGCUUCUACAAAAUUCCUUACCGCUUGCACUGCAUUCGAAGUUCUCCUUGACGGCGUUGUUCAAGUCAGCUACAAAGUCCAUUCUUCAAGGAGGACUGAAUAUCGUUAAUUUAGAGAACGUGGAGCAUUUCAGUAAUGCUGCAAAUGAUGAUGAACAACGCAAUGACGUUAUACCUUUGGUAAAAUUGACCUUGGUAAAGAUCUUAAGGAUGAACGCUACUAUUAGAAAUUUCUGGUGCAAGCUGAACUCACAGACUUUGAUCUUCCAUAACGACCAAGAGGAAAUCCAAGUCCUUAAUUUAAAGACCCUCAACUCUGAGGUUUUGAACUUGUAUGACUAUGACUGGUUUGAUUCACAUUCCCUUAUUCUGUACAGCUUGUCCAACAACCGGUUUGUCUUCAUUAAUCCUUCCUUGAACGUCCUGCUUGUUGAAUUCAUUCAUGAUGACGACGACAGACUACUUCUCAAGCACCACCCCCUUCUAGAGCUUGAAAAACCAGUAAAAAAGGUACACUUCAAUCCACAAUUUGACUUGGUUCUUUUAGAGACUGAAAACUCCUACGACUUGUACAAAUUAGCAUUUUUGGGUAAGAAGCAUGCUAUGACUUUUGUCAAGACCAUAUACAGCUCAGAGUCGGCGGCAUCGUGUCAAUGGUCUCCAUGUGGAACAUUUCUUGUGAUCAUUGAUUCUGAUUCUGGUUUUUGGAAACUAGUAUCCCGCUUUGGUGCCACUCUCUUCAGCUCAAAGUCCAUCUACUCUGAAAUCACGGCAUCGAACUCAGACGAUUCACAGGCUCUGAACUCGCUGGCAUUCUGUUCAGCUUCUAAGAUUCUUGUUGCACCGAACGCUCUACAGUUGUAUGUGAUCGACAAGCAGACCAGGAAUGUUUACAUUUUGAAUCUCACCUCCCAACAAGAUUCGAUAGGCCAGCCAAUCCUUUACGAUCAAAAUUCUAUCAAACUACUCAAAUCUGAUCAUUCUUUUCUUAAGAUUCCAAUGAUCCCUCAUUAUCAGAAGACAUUAACGCGGUUCCAUCACAUCAACGGUACUUCUAAAAGACUUUCCAAUAGACGGCCAACUGGUCAAUUAACAAUCCGCAAAAAUAGCCUUGAUCAGCUCUCAAUUUCUUACGGAGACAGAAUAUCGGUCAGCACUCCCCUUACUAAUGGUCAGGAAACAUGUCAUGCCCUCUGGUUUAAUUUCGUAAACCACUAUAUGGAAUCGAUGAACAUAGUCAACCAUUACUGGGCCGAUGAGUUUUUGAUUUUAAUCAAUAGAUUUGUCAGAGAUGAUAUAGAUGACGACGGCCACGUGGAUUUGAUGGCUGAUGAAGUUAUCGUUGUCAACACGGAGGGUUCCAGCCGAGGUAAUGGUGGUGCCAGCUUCAAGUUUGACACCGACUUAGUCAUCUGGAGACACCAUCUCAAGACGAAGAUUCUUAGUGUGGAAGUUCAGAAUGGCGAAGAAGGGGCAACAAAAUUAUUGGUGUUAGUAACGGGUGACCUGAAGAUAGUGAUCAUGGAACUUAACAGACAAAAGGAUAAGGAGAACAACAAGCCCGGCAUCGGAAUUCGCAGGUCGAUUCAUUUGUCAAGUAUCCAACACAAGCUCGCUAUUCCGUUGAUAACAAAGAUGGCCAUGAUCCAGCAGAAACAUUUUCUCUUUUUGCUCUCAACUGGCGACCUAUUCUUGCUAAAGAAUCAGUGUCCUACGGAGAACGAGCCUUCUGGACGAGGCUCAGUUCAAACAACGAACAUGUACGAGUUAGUGAAAAUACGUGAAGCUGUUGAGACCAUGCACAUGAGCUAUGUGGACUUUGGAGGCCCUACGAGUAUUCCACAUCUCACAGUGAUGACCAGCGAAGAGGUCAUCAUCUAUAAAGCGGAUGAACUCGUAGAGCGAGUUUAUGAGCUUGAAGGCGUCGCACCACAUCCUGGAGUGGAUGUCGAGAGACGAUUACGACCAAUAAAGGUUCGCUUGUCAUCCAUGCAACCCCUCACCACUCAGCAAAUAAAUGGGGCCGUGGAGGCUACUGGGUUCGAAUAUCAAACUAUCUUGAAGAGUGAUAACUUUCUCUUAAAGCAUAGACCCAGCAGGCAAUUGAUACUGAACAAGUUUAUUCAGCAUGACCUAUUUGAAAGCAAACUUGAUGUUUCAACCAUUAGAGAAAUAUAUAAGGGAGCCUCAAACUUCGAUUAUUGCUUGGAAUUACUUUUGUUUGAUUUCAUCGACAACGAAACUGAUGAUGAUCUUGAAAAGGUUGUGAGGCUUGUCAGCAGCACUACAGGAGCAGACAGUAUCUACGUGAAUCUCUUGAGGAAGAUUGAAGUGAGAUAUUGGCACAAGUUCUUCAGACUUUUGGAUGAAACUCCGCUCAGCUUUAUGAACAGACUAAUCAAAUCCCAAGAUGUGGAGCUCUGUUACAAUUAUCUUAUCGUUUAUUUGAAUUUUAAGAAAGAGUAUGAGGCCUCAGAGACCCCUGAGGAAGACCAAGCAAUACUUGACAAGGAAGAUCGCGAUAUAAUUUUACGAAUCAUAGAACUCCUAAAAGACUCAAAAAGAUGGGACCAUUGCUUUGAAUUAUGCAGAUUUAUCAAGCUUUUGGAACCCUCUGGUGAGCUUCUCCAGAAAAUUCGCAGCCAAAUCGAUUCAUGA